AGAGCACCCUCGCAUCCCACUCCAAGAUGUCCUGCUACGACCUGUGCCCGCCCAGGACCACCGCUGACCUGUGCCCACCCAGGACCAGCGUGGCUGUGCCCCAGCCCAUUGCUGAGAGCUGCAACGAGCUGUGCGCCCGCCAGUGCCCCGACUCGUCUGCCUUCAUCCAGCCCCCGCCCGUGGUGGUCACCUUCCCCGGCCCCAUCCUCAGCUCCUUCCCCCAGCAGGCCGUGGUGGGCUCCUCCGGAGCACCGGCCUUUGGCGGCUCCCUGGGGCUGGGCGGCCUCUAUGGCACCGGCGCCACCCAGGCCUCGGGGGGCCUCUGCACCUUUGGCAGAGCCUACGCUGCUCCCGCCUGCAGCCCUUGCGCCCUGCCCCGCUACAGCAAGAAGCUCUGGGACACCUGCGGGCCCUGCUAG